GGAAAAGGAAUAUCUAAAAACUUAGGAUCCACGUACCAUCAUUGUUAAGAGUUUUUCUUGUGUAAAGUUAUUAUCAGAACUCUCUAUGUCAAAAUCUUCAGAUAGGGUCUUGCCUUGGCUAAAUCGUGCUGAGUUUCUUAAGGGGUACCACUGCCUUUACUCAGACGAUGAAGCAUCACAACGUGAUGGCAUCAACAGGGUUGCUCUGUGGCGAUGUCGAGCUCAUCACAAGCUUCCCAUUGCAAUUGACUGUACUUCAGUUCUCAUUGCUUCCACCUUACAAGAUGCUGAGUUUAGAAGAAGAGGUGAAUUACACUCAAGUGAGCAUCAUGUGAAACUGUCAUAUGCCAUUGCCUUGAUUCGAUUGGUCAAUCACAUUACAGAGAAAGGUCAGAAAAAGCAGUAUGCCCAGUCUAUUCACAUCCUGGCAGCUGAAUUCGGUCUUCCUGAGUGGUUAGUUGAUAUGCGCCACGAUACCACACACGGAGAGUUACCUUCCCUUGAUUUGUUGAGAGAAGGUGUUGAGUGGGCACUGGACUGGUUACAUCAGGAGUAUUGGCAAAAGCAGCUGGCUAUGGACGAGAACCCAGGCAGCGAGGACAAAGAGACAAACAGUGACCUAGUCAAGAGUCUCCUUGUUGAUUUCAUGCAAAUCCAGUUUAACUGUCUGAGUAAUAAUGCUUCUGUUCAAGGAGAUAGCAGUAUUAGACAAAUUUUGUCCAAAAUGGAGUAUGUUUUUCCAAAGAUUAAGGAUCUUGUCAUCAGUUGCAUGGUGUCAGAAGGUUAUUUAAUUGUAACACCUGACCAGCUAAAUGCAUUGAGAUUUCCAGAGUCCUCACUGGAGUUGCUAAAUUCUGUAGACGAUCUCCAUCUCCCGAAUGACAUCAUCCUUUUUUGGAAGCCAGUUCUUGAGAUCUUAUAUCAGUUACAAGUCACACCAUUAUUGCUGGAUAUGCUCUGUGAACAGUUGACUGAGGAAGAGAACUUGGCAAAUAGGUUCAGAGCAGGGUGGAUAUAUGAGAUUGUGAACUAUGUGAAGAUGUGUAAAAGAAUAAAAAAAAUGCCAGAAAGAGCCCUGUUUACAAGAGCCGGUUCUGUCUCAUUUGCUCCUCUUGCUGAAAAAUGCCUAGGAAAGCCAAGUGUUUACACACCAACCCUGGUGCAAAAUUUUUUAGAGUGCAGUUCUGGUGAGUUGGGUAAACCAACAUCUGAGAUUUUGUCACUAGUCAAAAUUUAUGCUGGCAAGUCAGAAGGUGAAUUGAAAGAACCUUCUCUAGGACUGACCUGUUUCUCAGUGAAGGACUUACCACCAGUCACACUACAGGACAAACGCUCCAGUCAUCACCUUCUUGAUGGAGUGCCAUGGAAACUGUGUAAUGACAGCCUAAACUGGCAGAGUAGUCCAAUUGGACUGCUACCACAUCAAAAGCUGGAAAAUUUCAGUUUGGAGUUAAAAGAGCAUAUUUUAUCAGAUGUUCAAGACAUUUGCUCCACUGAUGUUCAGACUGAACACAUUAGUAUGUGUUCUUCUCAUGGUGUAUUUGUAGAUGGGAAAGAAUUACCCCAACCGAUAUCAGGGCCUGCUCCAUCUGUUCAACUUCUUUAAGAUUCUCUUUAGGGCUCUCAACAUUUGUGAUGGGAAAUACCAUAAUGAUCAAUCCAUCUGCUUGUCUGUAAACCAGCCAGAAUCUUCAUGUCAAGAAGUAGU